CAACGUCACGAAUCGGGAACGCGCUCGAGCCGACAACACGCGACAGGAACUGACAAGAUGGCGAUCAUUUUAGAAAUAGAAGAGUUUCUGGCGUGAAGGGGAAGAACGGUACGUUUUUAUUUUCUCCUUAAACGAUCCAAAUGUCCUCAGAUUUUCCUAACAUGGUGGAGCACACCACUGUGGGUUUGGAGAACGACUCCGCCGGCUCGUGAAGACACCAUCAUGCCCUGGAAGGCUUUAACUUUUUGGCUCCCCGUGGUUACCAAGGUGAUAUGAAGCCAGCGUGAAAAACAGAGGCACAAACGCUCAGCUCGUGACAGGUCCGGCCUGCUGUUGACGGACACCCACGGCCAGCCAGCUCAGCCGGCGGGCGGGCGCGUGUAAUGGACAGGUGUAAGCAUGUGGGGCGGCUGCGGCUGGCCCCAGACCACUCCAUCCUCAACCCGCAGAAGUGGCACUGCGUCGACUGCAACACUACCGAGUCUGUGUGGGCGUGUCUGGGUUGCGCACAUGUGGCGUGCGGCCGCUACAUCGAGGAGCAUGCGCUGCAGCACUUCCAGCAGCAGCACCACCCGCUGGCCAUGGAAGUUAACGAACUUUACGUUUUUUGCUACCUGUGCGAUGACUAUGUUUUGAAUGAUAACGCAACCGGAGACCUCAAGUUGCUGCGUAGCACUCUCAGCGCCAUCCAGCAUCAGCGCUAUGAGGUCACCACACGCAGUGGGCGCACCCUGCGCUCCUCCAGCGCCGCAGUGGACGCUCUCAUGCUGAGCGGAGCACAGGAGCUCCAGCUGAGAGAUGAGGACAGAAUGUUUACAGCCCUCUGGCAUCGCCGCAGGGCGCUCAUGGGACGCAUCUUUCAUCUUUGGUUCGGCCAGACUGAAUGUGGCAAAAGGAGAGCGAAAGAGGAGAUGAAGAGGGAGGAGGAAGAGGAACUGAAAAGGGAGGCCAGGGAGAGGAGGCGUGUCCUAAAGAGGCAGCUACAGGAGGAGCUGGAAAACGCUCCUCUUCGGAAGAGCCGUCGCUUGCGUCGGAAAAGCCAGAGAGUCACUGAUAUAACAACUACGGCGCCAGCCUCUCGACCGGCACGCACGAAGACGAAACCACGCGCUGCCACGUCUCUCAUCCGAAAGUCACGUACUCAAAGCCCUGUAAGUGCAACCCGCAAGAAACCCAAACAUCUAAAAAAAGUCCAGCCAACUCCCCGGUCCACCAGUCGUUCCUCUACUGCCAAAUCCAAACCCAAAACACCGUCAACGCCUCGCGCUUCCUGCCGCAAGCAGUGCGCCAAACAGGACGGUUCACCCUUUAAAAGGCGUCCCACAGUCACUCCUGGGGUGACGGGUCUGAGGAAUUUAGGGAACACCUGUUACAUGAACUCCAUCCUGCAGGUGUUGAGUCACCUCCACGUCUUCAGGGAGUGCUUUCUGCGUCUGGACCUGACCCAGGCACUGGAACUACUGGCGUCUGCCGUCCAGGGACAACUGACGGGAAAAGCUUUGUCCCAGUCCCCUCUUUCCCAGAGGAAGGGGCUGCAGACUAAUGCGGGCUCUGGUGUGGGACUAAGCGGCGGGGCUUCACGGGCCCGCAGCAUGGAGCUGAUACAACCCAAAGAGCCCAGCUCGAAGCACAUCUCUCUCUGCCACGAGCUGCACACCUUGUUUCAGGUCAUGUGGUCUGGUAAAUGGGCGCUGGUUUCGCCCUUUGCCAUGCUGCACUCGGUGUGGCAGCUGAUCCCCGCGUUCAGGGGCUACGCUCAGCAGGACGCUCAGGAGUUCCUGUGCGAGCUGCUGGAUAAGGUGCAGCACGAGCUGGAGAGCACGGGGAAGCACACCACGUCUGCCGGCGUCCCGCAGACGCAGAAGAGGCUCAUCAAGCAGGUGCUGAGUGUGGUCAACACCAUCUUUCACGGGCAGCUUCUCAGCCAGGUGACAUGUUUGGCCUGCAGCCACCGAUCUAACACCGUGGAGCCAUUCUGGGAUCUCUCUCUGGAGUUCCCAGAGCGCUAUCACAGUAACAGCCGGGAGUCUGCCGCUCAGGCCUCCUGCCAUCUGACGGAGAUGCUCGCCAAGUUCACCGAGACCGAAGCUCUGGAGGGAAAUAUCUACGCCUGCGAUCAGUGUAACUCUGCCAGACGUCGGACCUCCUCCAAACCCGUGAUCCUGACUGAAGCACAGAAACAGCUGAUGCUUUACAAACUGCCUCAGGUUCUCAGGCUCCACCUCAAACGCUUUAGGUGGUCUGGGCGGAACCACCGGGAGAAGAUCGGAGUCCACGUGAGUUUCGAUCAGCUUCUGGACAUGGAGCCUUACUGCUGCAGAGAUGGCUCGCCGCCUAAAGACCUUUCCUGCUCCGGUCCCGGCAGUCCCGGCUCCCCGGGUUCUCCUCGCCCAAAGCACUUCCUCUACGAACUCUCGGCUGUGGUGAUGCAUCAUGGGAAGGGCUUUGGCUCUGGCCAUUACACUGCCUAUUGCUACAACACAGAAGGUGGUUUCUGGGUUCACUGUAAUGACUCUAAGCUAAACGUGUGUUCGGUGGACGAGGUCCUCCGAGCUCAGGCCUACAUCCUCUUCUACACACAGCGGGUAACUCAGGACAAAGACCGGCCACUAUAGAACCACCAGCCCUUUAACGCCUCCUCCACUGCGUCCUGACCACUCAGCGUUUGAUAUCAGCACAGACCCAGCGAUUGCUCUUUCCCUCCUUUUUAUUAUUAUUUUUUCUGUAAAUGGGAGGAUGGGACUUUUUAGUCUAUUUUUUAAUGUUAAAGAAAGAACUACUUUUGUAAUUUCUGGUUCUACUUUGUGAACUGCUUGUACAUGGUGUUUAUAUGUAGGUAUUUAAAAAAAGAAAAAAAACGGUGGUGUGAUUUUAUGUACAGUUGUAUUUUAUUAAGAGAGUAUCAGCCAAGACAUGUCUCAGUAGCAGCCAGCAGCCUCUGGCAGAUGUGCUUAGGUCUCUGCACAUGCUGGCUAAUUGAUUGAAAAGCUUUUUUUUGUUUGUUUUAAAUCAGCAUAAAGGUUUCUCAGUCACUUUAGAUAGUUGACACAGAACUGGAUGUAGAACCGCCAUGAGUAAUCUCUGAAAUUGCUUCCCUGUAACAGCAAUUUGCUGUUUUCCUACCACAUUUCUAUGGCAGGAAUGUAUGUUAGUUUAUAAAAUCAGAACAUAAAUAAGUUUUGUACUUCCUGUUCUGAAACUGACUUCAAGCCAAAGCUACUGGCAAAUAGUUUUGAAACAAAAGUUUUAUUUUUCCAAAAUGACAAAGAUUUUCCAUGUUUUUGUAAUGUUCUCCCUCUUUUACCAGGAAGAGUAAAAGUUUUCUAAAGGGAUUUUUGCUGCCAUCUAUUGGUUCCAGAAAAAAAAAAAAACUGUCUGUAGCAUUUUCAACAUCAAAACCCAGAAAAGUGCCCUUUUAUUGACGGAGCUGAUCUAUUUUUAUAUCUUUUUAUCAAGUAAGCGAAAGUCAGACGCAGAUCAGCAUUUAAAUUAUGAAUGUACUUUUUAUACAAUCCUUGAAAGUUUACGAAGAGGCCAUCAGCUGUUAAGUUUUAUACAUCCAACGUCACCAGCAGUAACUACUUUUGUUUUGGGGUUUCUUUUCUAUGUUUAAAGACCUUCAGAAGGGAAUCAAAGCACACUUUGUUAUCUCUCUGUCAAAGUCAGUUAUGUUUUGGCAUUUUGGUUACUACUUCAUGGAUGUGUUUUUGUGUGUACAUUUUAUGAAAGUUAUACUAUGCAAAUUGUUACCUCAGUUUCUUUUCUAGAAAGAAUUACCUCAAUAAAUGGGAAUAUUUUUUCAGUU